AGGCGAAGUUAUCAUGUGUACGCGUCGACUUACAUUCUAGGGUUUCAGCAGCGAUCAGAGAGAUGGCAAUGUUGAUCCAACGAUGGGGCACAACGGCGAAGCGAUUACUACUAACGGCUGAGCAACGGUACGCAUUUACUUCAUUAUCACCAUCGUCAACGUCGACUGCUCCGGCGCCCUCACCUGUUCUGUGCGGGAGGGGGGAUAAGAGAACGAAAAAGGGGAAGAUUUUCAAAGGGUCGUACGGAAACUCGAGGCCGAAGAAGGAGAAGAAGAUUCAACGGAUUAAGGACAAGCUCGAGGUCCCCAGGUCAACUCCUUGGCCUCUCCCUUUUAAACUCAUUUGAUUUCUAUUCUGUAGCCCUAUUUGGAUUUUUGAGUAUGAUCUUAAUUUUCAAGAAUUGUAGCAGUGUUCUUGUUGAUGUGCUGUUAUAAAGUAUUGAUAUGAAAUUUGAUGUAGUUCAUCGUUCAAAUGAAUAAUCUACUGGUUUUAUGAUUUAUAACAUUUCAUUUUCGAAAUCAA